AUGAACGUUAUAGAUCCCAUUCUGAGAAUCGCCUCAGAGAUCCGCAACUUGGUUGGCAGAGUGCAGGCCAAUAAGGAGCGAUGCUACCGUGUUGCCCAACGAGUCAAAGCCUUGGAGGAGCUGGUUCGGCCCAUCCAGCAGAGGGAGACAGUCAGAACCUGUGUGGAGGUAGAAAAAGCCCUCAAGGAGCUGUGCAUCACGCUGGAGUCGGCACAGGAGCUCAUUAAAAAAUACACACUGGCCAGCUGGGUGCAUCGCAUCCUGAACUCCAACAACCACGGAGAUGAGUUCAGCAGUGUGAACGAACGUCUUAAUGACGCCUUCCAGAUCCUGUCCGGAGCUCUGCAGGUGGAGCAGAGCAGCAUGCUGCACAAGGUGUUUGAACUGGCCUCCAGAGAAAAAGAAGAUGAGAUGGAUCGGAGGGAGGAUGAAAAAGAGCUGCAGAGAUUGCUGCUGGAGUACAUGAAAGAUCAGAAGGAGAAGACAGACGCCAUGCUGAGACAGUUUGAACACGUCAAAGUCAACGUGGAGAAAGUCGUGGCCAUACUGAAGAGGCCCAAGGUCACUAGUGUGGACAUCCGGAUGAUUAAACUGGACGAGCUGAAGUACGAACAUCCCAAAAAGCCUUUCAUGACCACAGCCACCUCAGAGGUCUACAGGGGGGAGUAUCAUGGAUUUGCAGUGGCGAUCAAGAGAUACAUCAACCCGGUGAACACCAGCCCAAAGGAGGUGAGGUCUGUUUUCAAUAAGGAAGUCGACACCAUGAAGCGGUUCGAGUCGCCCAACAUCCUGCGAAUGUUCGGCAUCUGUGUCCAUGAGAGCAGACCCAACCCCGAGUUCCUCAUCAUCAUGGAAUACUGUGAGAAAGGAAGUCUUCGCCAGUUUCUGGACUCUGGUUGCAAACUGUCUUGGACCAGGAAGGCUCGUAUCUGUCUGGGUGCAGUCCAAGGACUCUAUCGACUGCACCAGACAGAAGAAAAAAGUAACGUUCACGGCUACAUCAACAGCUACAAGUUCCUGGUGGCUGAAGGCUACAAGAUCAAGCUGGCAGGUUUUGAGCUGUCGAAAACAGAGACAUCACUAAAAAAGCAGACCAAAGCCGAGGACGUCAGGUCCCCGCACUACUCCUCUCCCCAGAUGCUCGGCAACACCAACCACGUCUACAGCAAAGAGUGUGAGAUGUACAGCUUUGGAAUCGUCCUGUGGGAAGUUGCGACCUGUAGGAGGCCUUUUGAAGGUGUGGAUCUGCUCUGA